AUGCAGGACGAGUCCAAGUUCUCUAUGGAAGAAGUCAUUCACUUUUCCAUUGUGAAACAGUUGCUGCCAACAGAGAAAGUAUUCGAAUGUAACAGAGAGAUUUUAUGCAAUUCAUCCAUUUUGUGUAUUGGCUGUACACAUUUUCAGUCAUAUUUGGGAUACACAAGUCAUCAUGAUGACAAGACUUGUCAACAAAGCACUGUUGGAGAAUCCACAUUGAAUAUUGAAUCUCUCAAUUAUCACAUUUUGAAUUCAUUCAAAGGAAAUACUCUCAUUUUGACACAUCUUUCGAGAUCAUUGUGUCUAGACGGAGAAUGUGACAUGUAUUGCUUUCUCCUUCCUCGUAUUCCUCCCCAACAACGUAACAAGCUUAAAUUAUUGGCCUAUCGCUUCAAGGAAAUACAUCAAGUCGAGAAUUGUCCAUACACUCUCGAACAGAUACGUUCGAUUCAAAAAGAACGAAAAUGGAUCGAUUACGAAACACAAUACAUAGAUAUGGAUAAAUAUGAAUUCCAAGAAAGAGGCGUGUAUUUUGGAGGUGGUGAACAAAAACGAAAGAAACUCGAAUCUCUCUUUAAGAAAUAUCCACAAGGUUUUAUUACAGCGUACAAAUAUAAGGACAAGUACAUUACUCGAUCGAGUGCAUUCACUCUCUAUGAAGAUGGAUAUUAUGAAUUUUUGAAAAAUCAUCCACAAAUUGUAGAUUUUAUUUGUAAUACUUGUUGUGACAUUUAUGACACGGAGCCAGCCAAUAUUGAAAGUGGAUAUGAUUAUGAACUGCAAGAUUCCAAAGAGAAGGGAACUCAUUUGCAAGAUAUUGCAGUGAGAAGAGCAUUGAAACGUUUAGGAAGAGAGUUUAAAGGAACCCAAUUGCUUCAACUACGUGGUCACACGACUCCCCUCUACUUUUUGAAUCCAUGUGUUAUUCCAUUCCAUGAAAAGGAGAAUAUUAUUCAGCCUGAGAUUGUGGAAGAAUUCAUGUUAAAACAAAGUGUGGAAAGUUUUUGGCAAUCGAAUAAGGUGGUUUUAUCGAAAACGGAUUAUUCAUUUGGCAAUUAA